AUGACCACGUCAGUGAUGAUCGUCGCGAAUAGCACAACUCAUCUUAAUCAAACUGUAACCACAGUUUCAUCAAAUAAAAAACCGUUAUUAAUUCAAGGACAGGAAUUAAUCCAGAAGCAAAUUAAACAAAUUGACCGACGAACUUUAAUCUGGAGUACCAUCGCACUUGCCGGUUUAACUUGUUUGAUUCUAAUGUACAUCACCAUGAAAACGUUUAUGUUGCGUAAAAAACGUCAAUCGAGAAGAUAUAAAUUACUUAGCAAUGCGACAACAAUGGAAGAGCCACUCUUCAACGAACAUGCCGAGGAUGAUGACGAGAAAGACGAUGACACAUUGUUCGUUCGUAGAUAG